CUCCCAGACAUAUGUGGAUCCAGAGGCAUCGGGGACAAUAGGCAGAAAGAAAUAUUUUAUCAUGAAGGCAUAUCACUUUGAGAGCAAUCAGACAUGCAAAUAGCCCUUCCAAAAAUCAAGCAAGUCCUUGAAGAGAUUUAAAAAUAGAAAACCUUGCAUUUCAUCAUGGAUCACAAGACUGAAGAGAAAAGGAAGCAGCGACAUAGUUUGACUUUACUGGAUCAAUUAAACAGUAUGAAAGAAUUAACACAAAUGAUUGAUGUGGUCAUUGUAGCAGAAGGUGAGAAGUUCCCGUGCCAUAAACUUAUAUUGGCUGCUUUCAGUCCUUAUUUCAAAGCCAUGUUUACAUGUGGCUUGCUUGAGUGCACCCAAAGAGAAGUGGUACUCUAUGACAUCUCAGCAGAGAGCGUGUCUAUAAUACUCAAAUACAUGUACAGUGCAGAUUUGCACCUCACUAAUUCCAAUGUGCAAAGUGUUGCAGUUGCUGCAUUUUUUAUGCAGAUGGAAGAUGUUUUCAGUAUGUGUCAGAAAUACAUGAUGGACCACAUGGAUGCUUCCAACUGUGUGGGAAUCUACUAUUUUGCAAAGCACAUUGGGGCAGAAGAUUUGUCUGAUCAAGCCAGACAAUAUUUGUAUCAGCAAUUUGCUGAGGUGAGCUUGCAUGAAGAAAUAUUAGAGAUUGAAGCACAGCAAUUGCUGAGUCUCAUAAGAUCAGAUGAUCUGAAUGUAUCUCGGGAGGAGAGCAUUUUGGACUUGGUCCUCAGAUGGGUAAACCACAGCAGAAAAUCACGUGUCGAGCAUCUUAUUGAACUUUUGAAGCAAGUUAGACUGGAACUUGUAAGCCCUUCUUUCCUAGUGGAAGCUCGGAAAAGGAACACAGUGCUUCUGUCUAAUUCAGAAUGUCAUGAUAUGAUUGAUGGAGCGUUAGAAAUGAUAAAGAAAUCCAACCACCCCUUUCUCAGUCUUCGUUAUGGCAUGGAGACCACCAAUCUUCUCCUUUGCGUUGGCAAUAAUUCUCUGGGGAUUCGAUCAAGACAUGGUAGCUAUGCAGAUGCCAGUUUUUGUUAUGCUCCUGCAACCCAAAAGACUUACUUCAUUUCCUCCCCAAAGUAUGGUGAGGGGUUAGGAAGUGUGUGUACUGGUGUUGUCACUGAGAACAAUGAUAUUAUUGUGGCAGGGGAGGCCAGUGCUGCCAAAAUGUCUAGACAAAAAACCAAGAACAUUGAAAUUUAUAGGUACCACAAUAGAGGAAACCGGUUUUGGCAAAGUUUGUGUACUGCUCAGUUUCGUGAACUCUAUGCAUUGGGCACUGUUCAUAAUGACUUGUAUCUCAUAGGAGGGCAAAUUAAAUUGAAAAACCAGUAUCUGGUCACAAACUGUGUUGAGAAGUACUCCAUGGAGCGAGAUAGCUGGAGAAGUGUGGCACCUCUUCCAGUGCAACUGGCCUGCCAUGCUGUGGUAACAGUAAAUAAUAAACUCUACGUGAUGGGAGGCUGGACACCACAGAUGGAUCUCCCUGACGAUGAGCUGGAUCGAUUAAGUAACAGAAUGUUGCAGUAUGACCCAGGCCAAGACAAAUGGACAGAGUGCGCACCAAUGAAGUACUCCAAAUACCGUUUCAGCACAGCUGUAGUCAACAGUGAGAUUUAUGUCUUGGGAGGAAUUGGCUGCUUGGGACGAGACAGGGGACAGGCACGGAAAUGUCUCGAUGCAGUGGAGAUUUAUAACCCUGACGGGGAUUUUUGGAGAGACGGGCCUCCUAUGCCUUCUCCUCGCCUCGGCUUACGAACCAACUCCACUAGCGCAGGCUCAGUGGAAGGGAAGCUAUAUCUCUGCGGAGGAUUUCAUGGAGCAGAUCGUCAUGAAAUUAUCACCAAAGAGAUCCUAGAGCUGGAUACAUGGGAAAACCAAUGGAAUGUGGUGGCUAUCAACGUCCUCAUGCAUGAUAGCUACGAUGUCUGCCUCGUGGCUAGACUGAACCCCCGGGAUCUUAUCCCCCCACCCUCUGACCUAGUGGAGCAAUAGAUAAUGCACCUGGUUCUUAUGCUUCCCGAGUCUGCUAUAACUGAAGAGCUCAGAAUAACGAGUGAUAUGAAGCGUGACCUUGGAGGUAGCCUGAGGUGACAACUGGGUUCUACAGAAAUGAGUCUGUGAUAUGCUUAAGCCAGCAAUGCCUUAGCACUGUGAUUCUUGGCCACUUCUGUGUGCUCAGUAUUGGUACUUCAAGCUUUUGUGAUUGAUACUACAGGCUUCCUAUCCCAAACAGCCUCUGGAGUUGGUGCAGACACCCUCCCACAGCACUCCUUACGCGACUGUUUAAGCUUGAGAGUACAACACAGGCUGAGUUGCUGUGAUCCUCAGAAUCAUAGUUGCAGCCCAAGACCCAUUGCAAGGAGAAGCAAUACAUCUGAAUGAGAGCUCUUGCAGGUGCAGAUGACACUUCAAGAGAAGAUUCUGCCUUCACAUACAAACCAUAUUGAUUUCAAGAGGGUUAGCAAGGAUGUUAAGAAUUUAGUCUGAAAUUGAUGCAGUUGUCCAAAUGGGCUAGGUUGAAGCUGGCCCUCUACUAGUGCAUGAGCAGUUGUAGUGAGAGAGCAGAGGCAAGGAGCUUUACUGUCUUUUGAAUUCCUGCAAAGGGGCUACACACAGGAAGCACAGACUAGAGCAAACAAUAACACUACCUUAAAGAGGUUGGGAUGAGUGUGGCGGUGACCCUGCCUCCAUCCCCUCAACAGCCUGCGGAGGUGAACUAGUUUGUGGGAGAACAUUCUUCACCUUCUCUCAGGGUUCUGAAGCUCCUACACCAGUAUCAGGAGGAAUUCCAGCACUGAAGAACUUGUGCUGCUGUGUGACCAGGUAUAGCCAGGGCCUUGAAGGAACCAUCUGCUUCCAUUUCAAAGCCCAUCUUAGCUAGAACUUUGAACACAAUGUUUGAGAGGAGGAGAGGGACCGAAAUGAAACACAGACUUAAAAAUUAAAUCGACUCUAUCAUCAUCCAGCAAGACUUGUUGCCAUGCAUCCACACACAGGCUGUGUUUAACCAACCCCCAGGGGCAAUGGGACAGCCAACACUGAAGGAAGCAGCAGAGCCUCCAUUCAGGCUCACACCUGCACUAGUCUUCCACCCCCCUCUUCUCUCCUAGAAAGCAGCAGGCAUGUGCAGCAGUGGCUCCAUGCACUGCCCAGCGCCUGGGCAUCUUAGAACAUUUUUGAGGAGUACAGGAUCUUUCAAAAAGGAUUUUAUUUUCAAAAAAUCCCCAUCUAAACCGCUGUUUUUCUUUCGAAAAGCCC